AUGUUCAAGUAUCGGAUACGCAUGUUUUUUAAUGAACUCAAAGUACUGGUUUUUAUGCGAUCCGAUUCGAGACAGUCCGCCACAGACGUAGAUCGACGCUCCGCCACCAUGCGAGGGCUCGGGAUGGGCGGCUGCGGCUGGCCUCCUUUUGUCGACUGCCAUUCCCGGGAUGAUGAGGAGGAGUACUACGGCAGCGACCCACGGCCCCGGAGCCUGGCGUUUGAGGAGAAGGACCCCAAGCUGCAAGUGGGCCUGGACGCCGUGUCGCUGGCCAGCACCGCCAGCAGCAUGCGCGCCCCCCAAUGUCGGAUCUGUUUCCAGGGCCCGGAGCAGGGUGAGCUAUUGAGCCCCUGUCGCUGUGACGGCUCGGUGCGCUGCACACACCAGCCCUGCCUCAUCCGCUGGAUCAGUGAGAGAGGCUCCUGGAGCUGUGAGCUCUGCUACUUCAAGUACCAGGUCCUCGCCAUCAGCACCAAGAACCCGCUGCAGUGGCAGGCCAUCUCUCUGACGGUGAUAGAGAAGGUGCAGAUUGCUGCCAUCAUACUGGGUUCUCUGUUCCUCAUCGCCAGCAUCUCCUGGCUCAUCUGGUCCUCCCUCAGUCCUUCUGCCAAGUGGCAGCGCCAAGACCUGCUGUUCCAGAUCUGCUAUGGGAUGUACGGCUUCAUGGAUAUCGUCUGCAUAGGCCUUAUAAUCCAUGAGGGGUCAUCAGUAUAUCGAAUCUUCAAAAGGUGGCAAGCUGUCAAUCAGCAGUGGAAAGUAUUGAACUAUGAAAAGUCAAAGGACUUGGGGGACCCGCUGAGCUCCAGCAGCAAGACAGGGGGGCGCAGCUCUCGCAGCAACCCCAACGGCCUGGGCAGCAGCAGUGGAGGGCGACAAAGCAGGAGGCUAAGGACUAUUCUGAACCACCACUGUGGGUACACCAUCCUGCACAUCCUAAGCCAGCUCCGGCCCAAUGACCCACGGAUCAGUGCCGCGGCCAAUCGAGAGGUGGUGAUGAGGGUCACUACUGUAUGA